AUGAAAAUUUAUUUUUUUACUUUACUUACUGUAUGCAUUAUUGCAUCAACUACAAUAAAAUGUUAUAGUAUUUUGGAUAAUUACUAUUCUCAAUCUUCUGAUGAUGAAUAUGCAGGAAAUAAAAUACGAAAAAGUUAUCCAUUCAUAAGUUACGAAGAAAGUCCUAUUCAUCCAUUUAUACGUUUUAAAAAAUAUAUCAACAAAAAACCAAUUGCAAGUAUGUGGAGUGAUUCACUUUAUGAGCCUUCAUUUUACAAUAAACGAUUUUUCUCUAGACAUCAAAUGGCAUUCCGCUCACCAUCAUCAUAUAAUUAUAAAAAAGAUGGAGAUAACAAAGAACAAUCAAUCUAA